AUGCCAUCCCGUCGCCCUCGCCGUCGCAGUUCCAGUCCUUCUGACGACACAGAGACUCGCAAAGUACUCCCAGCUCGCAGUUCUCGUGGUAGUCGUAUCCAUAAGCUCAUUGGUGAGGAGUUUGAAGCAGAUGCAUCAUUCUGGGGGCAAUCAGCUUGGCAGGAAGACGGUGAAGACGAGGAUUAUUCCACUGAAGCAGAGGAAGAAGACAUUGCCGACUCAGAUUUUGACCACGAAGAAGCUCCAGAUGAUGACGUACACGAUGUUGAUGAAGACGAAAAAUCCAUAAAACGUAAACGUUCCACGGUGAAUUCAGGACGAUACAAAGAGCCAGUUCAAUCUCGACCAAUCAAACGGAAAACUGUAACAACAGGUUUUAAUGUUCCAGGAGCAGCUACUGCUUCUUUGACGUCACUUUAUCAAUAUGUGGCGCCUACAAGGAGGUCUUCAACGGCCCAAAAGUCAUCCAUGUCAUCAGAAAUACGACGACGAGCGUCACAGGACGCGGCAAAAGUGGCUGCAAAACACAAGAAAGGGACGGUGGAAAAGACGGGCAAUCAAUUGACACAGGCUCAAUUGUUGGCGGAAGCUGUGAGGACAGAGGUAGAGAAUACGCAAUCAUUGCAGAGAUUGGAGCAGCUGGAGGAAGAAAAGAAGGCAGAGAGUGUAGCACCUAAAGUGCCAUUUACAGGGAGAAUGGUGCGAUAUUAUAGCAAAUUGGACGCACCCAAGACAAUCACGUUCUUGAAUACGUUAGAUUUUCCUCGAAUCUUUAAUCAGCCCAAGCCCAAGAAAAGAAUCAGUAUGCAACAACAAAAGAUCGAUAGGAUGAGACGUGAGGCGGAGGAAAAAGAAGAAGAGCAGGCUAAUGGAAGUGCGCAGGGUAAAGCAUGUGUUGAAGAGAAGGACGGUCAACAGCACGGCUUGGUACAGAACAGCAUACCAACACCUACGAAAGCGGCGGCUUGA